CAGAUCGUUCUGAGUUCCACCCCAGCUUAGAUUUAUAAGCUAUUUGGUCGGUGACGUUGGCUAUGGAAUCAACUCCAUCAAGCAAUUCUUUGUUCUUAAAUGGCCCAUGGCAGUUGAAACUUUAUUUGUUGACCGUCUUUUGCGUUGUUAUUCUGUUCUCUUCGGAUAACUUGGUCCCGGAGAUUCCAAUGGCACUCUGCAGUCUGCAAGGAGUAUUCGGUUUAGCGAUCAAAAGUCAACAUCAGCCCACAGCAUGAAGGCCCCUUGCACAUGGAUCUCAUGCAGCAGUUCGAUCCAGCCAUGCAAACGUCUUUCCGGUCAUGGGUCUCGAGAGUUUCAGAGAGUAGAGAAAUGUGACAGGCAGCGAGGGACCUCCAUUAAGCGCCGGCAUCCACACUCAACCCGCAUAGUCCAUCCUUGUCAGCCAAUAGAAGCUGAGGGAUGAGUCUAAGAAUAGAACCACGGCGGAUGGCCCCAAACUUAGCAUCUCUCCAAGUCCAUCCCAACCUUUUCCACUCAGCGGGGUCGGAGGAGGAAGAUCAAGCAAGUCCUUCAGCUUCCAUGUGGGAUAUUCAACGUCUUGUAUGGUGACAAACAAGCAACAUGACUAGGUAUUUGUUGCCGUUCUGCUUACAGCACUCACACAAAAGGCACAAAUCAAGCAGCGCUCAACUGAUUAGUGUCCAUCCGUACUACACCAAUGCAUCCUCUAGGAUCUACAGAUACCCCAACUAGGACAUAUAAAGAACGCCAUCUUUCAACUCUGUCAGCUGAGUUGCUCUGCAAGAAGCGGUCGAAGGUGCUCUGUCAUCCCCUAGUUGAAUACCCUCAAGCUUAACUAGUGCCUGAUAGUGAAAGCCAUGCUUGUAGAGCCAUGCUUGUAGAGCCAUGCUUGUAGAUCCUCCGUUUCUAUUGCCAAUUGGCCGUGAACAAAGUUCCCACGAAGCAUACCUUGCAGUAUCUCUUUGUCCCACCCUCAGAUAGCGUCCGUCAUCCAUGCAAUUCUCGACCACCCCAGCAAGUCUCUCCCAAAGCAGGUACACACUGUAGGCAGGGCUUGGCUCUCCGGCAAUAGACAGAAAACCGAGAAUGGUUUCCAGUCUAUCAACUUGAAAAUGUACUUGCUUUCAGUAGGUACCUCACUCCCGCUGACACCGCCAAAAACUGAGGUGUCGUGAUUUCAACAUUUUACCGUAAAAGGUGACUUAUGCAGGGGUCUAUCGCCUGCUGCUACUCCAACUGCGACCUGUACAUCCAUUUCCCUUUACAGAGCCCCUCUCCCAACCACUUUCUCUCUUUUCACCUUUCACAUCCAGUCCAAUCCUCAAUCACAUCUCUGUUUCAUAUUUGGUUGGUUGCGCAUUAGGGGACGUACUCUUCGUCCUCGCCGCAGCUACGGUGAAUGGCUUGAUGAGAGAUAUUCGUUACGUCCUUGUCAAUUGACCAUCUUCGACAAGCUGCAGCUUCCUUUACACACACAGAGCCUCACCUGUAACAUACGUCUGUCAGGUCUCUCUUCCGGCUGUACUGUGCCGGGCCAGGUCGAGAGUCAUCAUAGUCAUACCUAUUCCUUGUCGUCUCAAAAUAGUCUCGACUGCUUCGAUCCUCACCUGAGCAUCGACUCACUCUACUGCUGCUGCUGCUCGCACGCGCCGCCCACCCCGCGGAUCCAUCCAAUCCCUAGCACCCCACGUACCAGAACCAACCGACCAAAGAGACAGCCCUGACACGAUACCCAGCUGUUUCUAAGUUAGACUUCCCUCAUCCUUUGGUGUUGUGGCUUGAAACAGGGACCCUGGACCUGGCGCUCGAGUGAAUCCUUCGUCCAUAGUCGCUUGGUCCCUCUGAUCUUUCAUCAUGACUUCUCACGAAGCGGCGCGACUCCGUCAAGGCCUUCUUCCUCUCACGACAACGUCUGUAGGUGCCUUCAACAACCCUCUACAUACGCCCAUAUCUGCCGUGUCCAUGAGCUCCAGUCAUUUUCACUCCGCUGUCCAAACACCUGGCAGUAGUAUACAGCCAUACAACCCCCAAGAAUGGGUUCCCACACAGGCUGCUGUCGCCGAGCGCGCCGUUCAAUAUGCCGGCGAAGUCCAAGUGUCGCCAAUGCCGCCUCCACCAUACAGCCCGCCCAGAAGUCAACAGCAGCGUCCCAUGAGUACCGUCUUCGACUCUACACCAGCUGGUACUCCGACUCCGCCGCCUCGACUAAGCACAAUGGUGCAUCGACCUUCGCCUGAACCAGCCAAUGCAUCUUUUCCUCCUCCUCCGGGUGUAAAUGGGCGAAAUGGUUCACGAGACCGCCGCUUUCUGCCAUCCUUAGGCCGCCGUAGAGAUAUGGACACCUCCAGUACUCCUCCACCUCAACCGCCGCCUCCUCAAGCCCAUCGACAGAGCAUGAUCGUGCAAACUUCGUUUCAUCAACCUACUCCCGAGCAUGGAAUGACUGGUCCUAUGAUUCAUGGGCCGCCAGCGGCUCGAAGAGCCGUAUCUGCAGGAGCCGUGGAGACACCCACAUCUGCUCGCUCACGAUCAGCGUCUCAAACCAGAUGGGAACCAGGCAUGCCUCUCCCACCUCCGCCACCAGGGCCCCCACCUGCUUCAAGCAGGUCGCAAAGCGUACAGUCAAUAGAUAGGAACACAGUUCCCAUCAUAUCUCCUCCUACAAAAAGACGCCGACCACCAACCGGUGUCACAGAACUCGGACCUGUUCCUCCAACACCUGCAGAUUGGAACGAGACGGGGAGUCAAGCAGGCCCCUCAAACCGAAGCCGCUCACCGGGUCUCAGGAUCGACACGUCGCUACCAUCCUCCCAACCUGUUGAACCUGCUCUGGGGUCCUCAUCGAGUAUUGGCGGGCUCAAUCGGCAAAAGGCAGUUAGACAUGACAAAACAAUUUUGCAGCGGAGGGCUGAGAGUCGGACCCGACACAGCGUCCGUGGCUCUAUAGAUGAACGGACCCGACCCGAUUCUAUGGCCGACAUUAUGGUACCGAAUACGACUGAUCUGUCACGGACAUCAAUCGGUAAAUCGACCCCUCUAAGUGACGCACUCGCAUCGCAAGACUCUCGAAACUCGACCCCUAGAGCCCCAGCAUCAGGGAAGCUGCCUCAGGAAGCGGAAACACCGCCUUUCUCUCCCAACGCUUCUAAGCAACCAAUAUAUGCCAGCAGCUCAAAGGUUGUUGCUCCAAAGGCGCUCCCUACUCCGCCUCCCAGGUCCGGAUCUGUGGCAUCGGUCUCGAGGGUCCGGGAGUCUUCUCGGCCCCCUUCCGCCGGCCUAUUGGUAUCGAAACAUUUGGUUACGACUCAAACUGCCGAUCAGUUUGGAGAAGGGACUAUCGAUCGGUUCCGCGAAUUUGCGAUUAGAGAAUCGAGGGCCGCUACUGACGCGGAUAGGGUGCGUAUGUUCGCUGACUUUGUUGUCAACGAAUCAAGGAUCAGACGAGAACGAUAUUCUGUCGCUAUUGGGGCUAUGGGCUCCGAGAUCUUUGACCUCACCCGCGACUUAUUUCGGCCGAUGGUCAGCCAAAGGCGAGAGUCAGCUUCUUCACAGGAUCAGUGGACCCCUGGGCUAUCCGAACCAGGGCCUUCUCGUCGAGGCUCUAUAGGUUCAAACUUGGGGGAAAGUCCUCAGUCUGCCUCUAAAACAGUCAAUGUCCCGACGUCGCCGAGCGGGAACAACCCACCAAACGUGAAUUGGUCGAGCAAUUAUAUGCCCUCGUUAUCGCCAAUUUUGAGUAUGAGCGUCAGCGAAAACUAUGAAAAUGGCAGCUCACGGGGUCGUCCUCCGAGCCGUUGGUGGGAAUCAGAUUCGCAAGGUGAAGCUUCCCAUCUCGGACGUUCCAAGAGAGAGUCGAAGUAUAUGGGCGUAACCAAGACACAGUGGGUUGAGGAGGACCAGCCGUCUGUGGUAUACGAGGAGCAAGGCUCUUCAUCCGAGUAUCCUCCUGAGAAGACGGGCUGGCAUGAUCAGUCGGAGCCCAACUUGACUCCUCAACAAUUUGGCUUCGCCACCACGUCAAACAUGGGUUCUAGUCCCUGUUCGACGAUCAACCGCGACCACCUGGAUGUUUCCCGCCUUGUCACCAUGCCUCCUCCUUAUCCAAGACACCAUCCCGCUGUCAAUAACAAACAUCCUGAGUUGACAUCCAUCAGAACAGCCGUGCGAGCUCUGAGUCAACUCGAUGAAUUGGCCAAGACAAAGGAGCGGUUCACUGUCGAGAGCACCAAACGUCGAGAACAAUUUUCCAAAGCAGCGUCUGAGCGCCGUCAAGCUUUGCGUACAAACUUGCAGAAUGAGAUCAAUGCUGGCAGCUUGAGUUAUGCUGAUGCAGGAGCUAUUGAUGCUGAUGCAAAAGCCAGCGAGAUAACAAAGAAAAAGGACUUGGAAAAGUCCGAAUACGAAUUGUUCCAGAAUCAGGUGGUACUGCCUUUGAACGAACUACUGACAGGGCGUAUCUCAAGCGCCACAGAGCUGUUUGACGAUCUAGCCCGACACCUAUUCGAUAACGGGCAGAUAGACGCGGACAUGCCGCAGGAAGAGGGUGAUGAUAGACCAGAACUUCUGGAAAAAUUGACGCUGCUUAAAUGGGUCUUUGAGGCACGAGAGGGUCUUUACCGGGCCAUCUACGAUCUUCUUUCGGAUCGCAACGGCCGAUACUGCGAGGUUGUACUGACUCCUUACCGACUUUCCGGAAAUACUGAGAAACUCAAGUCAGCUGAGGCUUUCUUUGCUGAAGACUCGGCCAAGCGUGAAUAUGCGUUCGCUCACGAGGUUCUGGAACGGACCCGAGACUUCCGAGGAGUGGUUGAAAAGGCUGUGGACCACGGUGUUGCACUGCAGCUGUCGGCGUUUUGGGAUAUUGCGCCUCCGCUUUGUGAGCUACUGGACAAUAUUCCUCUCGAUCUGGAUGGUUUCAACAUCCAGAUUCCAGCAUCGGAAAUUGAAGAAAACCCAUCCUAUGUCGAGCAUCCGAUGCAGUAUCUUUUUAGCUUGCUGCUUCACGCCGAGAAGAGCACGUACCAGUUCAUCGAAUCGCACACCAACCUGUUGUGUCUACUUCACGAGGUCAAAGAGGCUGUGGUUCACGCCAAAGGCAAGGUCCUCGAGACGCAGACCCAAGAUGAGAACGGAAACGCAAUUCCCAAGGCAGAUAGCAAUGCACAGGCGGUGCAAAUGCGACAAUCAGAAGAACGCCGACUUACCGAGGAUCUGAAGGAAAAGGUCCGUCUCGUUCAAGAUCAAUGGAAGAGCGCAUUAGGCGAUAACAUUACGCUCGUGAAAGAGCGCCUAGGAGGGUGGCUGUUGCAAAUGGGUGGCUGGGAUGAGUCGCUCGAAGAUAGAGGUGUGGGCAGUGUCUAGAAGGUUAAGUGAAGUGAGUAGAAGUUGAUACCCCUAAGCCAAAUGGGCUUGAUGAUUGGAAACGAUAUUAUUCUGUAUAUAAUUUGUUGAUCCUGGACCAAAGAUGUCCUUUUAUAUGAGAUAUGAUGAUGAAAUGGAUGUUCUUCAUAAUCGAGUGAUGCCUGGGUAUUGCGUCUGUCUUUUCUGUUCCAUACACUUAUUCGUACACUGAAGGGUGUGGGCUGAAUCUAAGCCUUUUUCUCCACCGCCAUAUUCUUGAGUGCUGGAUGCCAUCUGGCCUAUUCUCCCAUCUGUAGAUUCGCUGUUGAAAUCGCUUGGCGCUUGGUGUUUAGAUUCAUUCGAUGGCUUGAUAAGUCAUGGUUCGUUUCCCUUUGAUGAUCCAUGGUCCUUGAAGCCCUUUUCCAUCCCCUUUCCCGUCUCUUUUCUCAUUUUCAUUUCGUCGUCAACCAUUUACUUGUACUCAACUGGCAAAUCCAUGCCAACCCUCCUAGCAGUCAAGCGAACACGCUCCUCCUCAUCCAUACCCAUACCAGGGUUAUAACGCUCGAGUAACGUGGCAUACAUGCGCUGAGAUCGGAGAUAGGCGAUGGCUUGGGCAGCAGCGUGGGCGCGGGCGUCUUGCGAUGUCGCCGCUUUGGAGCUGGAAGAAAAGGAAUCUCGAAGGCGGGAGUGAAGAGGAGAGCGUGGUGAGGCGAGAAUGGGUCGAGGUGGUAGCUCGCGAAGGAGGGAGCGGUAGAGAGAGCGUAGUGAGGCUGGAGAAGAGGCCAUUUCGGGUGACAGUGGUUGGUCGGAGGGAGACAAAGAGGAUCGAUCGUGUUGAAUGUCAAGUUGAGAUGACGCCUUGAGAUUGAUUGAUUGCAUGAACUGGGUAGAAAUGAUGCUUGAAAAGUCCGGCCAAUCGGGUGGUUCCGCUACGAGCAGGGG